AGGCAGCGCUGUGGUCGCGGUACUCGCUCACGCGCUGCGGGGAAGAAGAGCUGGGAAACGACAACAACAGCAGACAUGUCUGUUAUUUAUCCCGGUCAGAUGUUCUCACGCUGCUGUCAGUCGGAGAGUUUAACACCGGCGCUGCUGGGUUUUGUUCCGUGAGAGGAUACGCGGUUUUCCGCGGGGAGAGUCGCUGUGUACGCGCCAGGCUGUGCAGGCCAUCUCGCAGACAUGGCGAGCCACCCACCUUCCAUUCCCCUCAGGGAGUUCUGUCCCCUCUACUACCUGCUCAACGCCAUUCCUGCGAAGGUUCAGAAAGGUUUUCGCUCAGUCCUGGUCUAUCUCACAGCUCUUGACAGCAACAGUGACUUCAUAGCUGUGGGAAGCAGUAUUGGAAUGCUGUAUCUGUACUGCAGACGAGUGAGCCAGAUGAACAAGUACAACUUGGAGGGAAAAAGUGAAGCCAUCACUGUGGUGAAGUUGCUAAGCUGCUUUGACGAUCUUGUGGCAGUGGGUACAGCAUCUGGCAGGGUUGCCCUGUUUCAGCUUGUGUCACAGUUGCCAGGCAGGAACAAACAGCUGAGGCGGUUUGAUGUGGUCGGACUGCACAAGAGCACGAUUACAGCAUUAGCAUGGAGCGCUAAUGGCAUGAAGCUCUUCUCAGGCGAUGACAAAGGAAAAGUGGUCUACUCUGCUGUGGACCUGGACCAGGGUGUGUGUAACCCAGUGGUGCUGUUGGAGGAGCCGUCCGCUGUAGUUCAGCUGGAGUACAGUCAGAAAGUGCUUCUAGUUUCUACCUGUCAGCGCUCUCUCCUUUUCUACACUCAAGAGCAAUCUCUACAGCAGCUAGGCACCAAACCCAGAAAAAGCAAUGGCAAGUUUGGUGCUUGCUUCCAGCCUGGCCUGUGUAAGCAGAGUGACCUGCUGGUGUACGCAGCACGGCCUGGUUUGCGCCUCUGGAGGACGGACGUGCGAGGCCGUGUACAGGAGACCCAUGUCCUCAAGCCCCUCUUCAAUCAGGACGUGCCUCAGUUUGAGCUGUUUCCCCGGUCAGGCCCCACUGGUGCUUACCGGCCCACAGAAAGACAACUGGGCCUGGUCAGCUGCUUCCUGAAGGACGGCUGGGUGCUCAGCUGGAAUGAGUACAGUGUCUAUAUAGUGGACUGCACCAACCAGGUCAUUGUUGGUGGUCUGGAAAGCAGUGGAGACAUAGUUUCUGUGUCCUGCACAGAAAAUGAAAUCUUCAUUCUGAAAGGUGAUCGAGACAUCAUGCGGAUCUCCAAUUGCCCAGAGGGACUGGUCUCCAACAUGUCGGAUCUCUCUUUGCGCAUAACCUCCCCUCUUUCCACACCGACCAUCCUGCUCCCCCCAAAUGGCGCUGUGGAAACGGCACAGCCAAUCAGGACCAUGCCCAUCAUUGUAGAGCGGGAGUCAGACCCCAGCCCUGUGGAGCGGGCCGAAGUCGAGGACUCUGAGGAGGUGCAUGAGGAGUUUAGCCAGGCGCUGGAGGCUCUGGAGGUGGGCGAGGAGAUGGAGGGCCAGCAGAGGGUGUUUGUGGACAUGAGGAGCCGAAGUAGUUCAGUCACUUCAUGGGAAAGUGCUCAGGGUGUCUUCACAGCCAGCACCCCAGCCACAGAGGCCUCGGAGCUGUCCUCCAGCCGCUACAGCGCCAUCACCCAGGAGGACUUUCAGCAGGAGCUGGUGGUCAAGCAAGUCAAGCUGAAAAAGAAGGGCAAGAGGAGAAGGCAAGAGAGUGGAAACCGUGUGAACGAGCGCAGCAGCUGGUCAGAGGGCAUGUUUAGCCAUGACGGGAUGGCCAGCGACGCUCUGGCCACCCCCCUUAGCGAACCCCCCUCGGACCGCACCAGCCUCCUAUGUAGCAGUCUGGACCUUCACAGCAACGGCUCCCCUGAUCAGGAGGGCUCCAUCUGUGGAGAGACGCUUCUGACGCCGAACCUUCCGGACCUGCUUCAGAGGCAGGAACAGAACGAGAACCAGGACCAAGAACCGGGAGCGCAUCUCUCCUUUCCGACAUCUCUUCCUCUACAGGAGAUGGAGUGCCAGACUUACGCCGAGAGUGAAGCACAGAUAGCAGCUACACCGGAUGUGGAUAUACUCCUGGAAUGCACGUUCUCGUACGUUCAGGCAGCUGAGGAGAAAUCUGUGAUGGAGGAGGAUGCUAAGGAUGAUGCUGGACUCCUGCAGCAGGAUUUGCACAGAGACUUUGACUUGGACUUACCGUAUGACCCUAUCAGGCCUCUGGCCUGCUCACCAGAGCCAGAACAUGAACCAUCUCCCUCUAGUGAUGAGGAGGAUAUUUAUGCACAUGGUGUGCCUUCCAGUGCUAGUGUAGGGGACGGACUUAGCACUCUCACCCUUCAGGGUUGUGCCUCUAAUCGUGCAGAGCAGGAAGAGGCACGGCUUCUUAAAGAUCAGCUGGCUGAGAGUUGGAUGGGCUAUAGCGGACCGGGCUGUGGCAUCCUCAGCCUGGUGGUAACAGACCGGCACGUCUGGUGUCUGGAUUUUAAAGGAGGUCUGUACUGUAGUGGCCUCCCCAACGGCGGUCUGAGCUGGCAGAAGUUUGAGGAAAAUGUCCAGCAGGUGGCGCUGUCCCCCUCAGGCUCAUUACUGUGGAAAGUUGAACAGAAGACCAUGACGGCCUACGCCUGUGGUAAAGUCACCAUCAAGGGCAAGAGACAUUGGUAUAAAGCUCUGGAUGAGACCGCCUUCGUGGCUCUGAGUGAUGACACAGCCUGGAUCAUCCGAACCAGUGGAGACCUUUAUCUGCAGACAGGGCUGAGCGUGGACCGUCCAUGUGCGAGGGCAGUAAAAGUGGACUGCCCCUGCCCCAUGGCUCAGAUGGCAGCACGGGGCAGUGUCGUGUGGGCCCUCAGUGAGCAGAGGGCUUUGUUCUACAGAGAAGGUCUUAGCAGCUACUGCGCAGAAGGCGAGCAAUGGAAAUAUGACAAAGUCAGUGAGAAUCAGGGACUGGAGCCCAUCUGCAUUGCCUUGGGUGAGAACAACACGCUGUGGGCUUUGGACACCAUCGGCAGUCUGUGGUUCAGAACAGGGAUUACCACUAAGAAACCUCAGGGCGAGGAUGAGCACUGGUGGCAGGUGAGUAUCACAGACUACGUGGUGUUUGAGCAGAGCGGCCUCUUCCAGACGCUGAUCCAGGCCACACAGAGCGUCGCAACAGCCACCAAGGCCCCCGUGGAGCGCGUAGCAGAGCGCCUACGCGUGGCCUUCCUCUCCCAGCAGUCCCAGUGCCAACCCAGCCUGGUCAGUGCCAACAACAGCGGGGUGUGGAUCGCCUCGGGACGCAAUGACUUCCAUGUAGCUAAGGGCAGCCUUGUUGGGACAUUUUGGAGGACUAUCGUUCCCAGAGGAACAGCAUCUGCUACUAAAUGGGCAUUUGUGUUUUCAUCAGCAGUUCCAGGCAAAGAAGGCAGUUUUCUAUGGCUCGGACAGAGCAGGAAAGACCUGUUCUGCAUUUGGGACCAAGACCUCCAGAUGCGCCCCCUCACAGUCCAGCUUCCCCCCGACCUGGAGAUGGUUCAGCUCUCUGCGUGCCGGGACGCACUCUGGGGCCUGGACAACCACGGCCGCGUCCACAUCCGCACCCUGUCUCCCAGCUGCCCCACUGGCAUGCACUGGACGCCCCUGGACCUCAGCCAGCUUGGCCGUUUGAGGCUGAUCAGCUUCUCAUGCGGCAGUCAGAAUGUGUGGGCGUGUGACACCAGUGGCAUGGUGCAUUUCCGAGUGGGAACACAACCUCUGAAUCCCAGCAUGAUGCUCCCUGCCUGGAUCUGCAUUGAGCCGCCUGAGCAGCCUGUUGGUGUGCACUUGGUGAGAGUUCAGACGAGUCCUAACGACCGGAUGCUGUGGGCUCUAGACAGCCGGGGGAACGUUCACGUGCGCACAGGAAUCACAGAGGAGAUGCCAGUAGGGACAGCCUGGGAGCACAUACCUGGGCUCCAGGCCAGUCAGCUGGUGCUGAGCACAAGAACUGCCUGGGUACGCUGUCAUAACGGUGAGGUAGCGCGACGGUACGGGAUUUCUGAAAAGAACCCAGCUGGAGACUACUGGAAGAAGGUGCCAGGUCUGGUGAACUGGCUCGCAGUGACUCCUCUGGAUGAGCUGUGGGCGGUAACUCCAGCCGGUGUUCUUACACAGCGGCUCACUAAAACCCUGCCUCACAACGCCGGCAAAAAUCACGGCAACACCGGCUCUCUCAGCGGGGAGGAGCUUGAAGAGGAGUGGGAGGUGAUUUAGGCCAUCUAUUGAAACGAUUCAUUCUUAGCUGUUCUUGUACAGACGGUUGUUUUAUUCACUAGUGGGCACUUUACUUCUUUUGUUUUUAACCCGUGUACAGACGUGAAAAAGGGAUCGGGUGCACAGAGUGUACAGAUCUGUAUUGGAACUGUGGAAAGUGGAAUUUAGCAGGACAGGCUCAACAGGGUCGGUUGUUUUGCUUUUUCAAUGCACCUUGUAACCAGAAUCCACAAUCUUUUUAUGUUAUUACAUUUUAUUAAUCAACCCCCUAUUUAUUUUUUUAAUGUAAGCUAACAGGAUCAAUUGUUUUAUGAGUUUUAAAAAGCUGAAAAGAUGUGGUCAGUACCCUGGUGCACUUAGUGAAACGUUUAAUGUGAAAGGACCUCUUAUAAAUAUUUGUUUAGAGAGAGUUUACAUAAUACCAUAGAUAAUACAAUACUACUACAACCUGGAUCCAUAUGUACCAGGCCAACCAAGGCCAAACCUUAUGACGAUUAGUUAUCAUCAUCUACCCCUAUUUAAUUGAUUAUAUGGAUAAGAAUUGUUGUUGUUGCAUUUUUCUGUUCCACCUUAAAUCAUGCAGCAGCCUCAGGUGAGAAAAUGUAACUUCUGCACCAUUUAAGGUGGAACAGGAAAUGUAGGAUUUUUGUUUCGGAUUGUUAUGAAGGAAAAGCUAUAAUUCAUUGAAACUACAUUAACCUAAGGUAAUUCAAUGUUAUCAGAAUUUUUAACAACGAAUAUACUACAUCUGUGGGUUUUUGGGUGCUUGUGCAGCCCACCCUGCUGGUGAUUUCUCAUAACCUUUCAUUUGCAGACCUGCCAACAUGUACGCAUUUCCACGUCCUUGUACGAUUUCAUGUUCUAUGGUACGCAUAUCGUUUGAUAUCACAUUUCUCCAUGUCGUCGCAAGUUUGUUUGCUGUGCGGGCGGCCGCAUCCGCUCGGCAAAGGUGCCAAUCUUCCAAGCUACCUAUCGCUACUUUCCUCCUCUUUAUUCUCUUCCAAACAGUCGAAAACCAUCACUGUGCUGAAGACUCUCAAGCACUAUCAAAAUCGCAAAAUUAUCUAUGAACCUUCAUAUCCUUUGUAUUAGGACAACCAUAAAAAGCAUAUGGCGUAGAAUAGGGGUGUAACGGUACGUGUAUUCUUUAUGAGCCGUCCCGGUAUGGAGGUCACAGUUCGGUUCGCGCAAACGCAGAAUACACGGUACGAGAUUUGUGGAACCAAUGAACAUAAUGCGGAACUAGAGUACAGAGAGCGUACGCAGAAACACAUAUUUUUAUCACAAAAAUGAAUGUACCGUAUUUUUCGGACUAUAAGGCGCACCGUAUUAUAAGACGCACUAUCAAAGAACGCCUAUUUUCUGCUAUUUUUCCAUACAUAGGGCGCAUCGCAUUAUAAGGCGCGUUAAGUGACACUAGAAAGGGUGCCUAUAUCAAAGUGAACAGGGGUGGCGCCAUGUUUCCCUUCCCCCACCGGGGGUGGUCGCUUGCCGGUGGAGCGUCUCAGUAUAUAUAAAUCUAGCUCUUUCAAAGUCAAACGAGUGCUGGAUAUUAAUCUACACAGAUUCCUCUCCUGAAAACUGUUUAUUUGGGUGAGUAACGUGCUUCAGUUUAUUUACAGUAAGCUUAGAUUUCCAGAUGUCCACUAAGGCUUGCUGCACCAGCGUUAGCAUAGCUAUCCGCUAGCACGCUAGCUAGUCACCUAAACUAGUAAAGUUAACCCAAACUUAAACGACAGUGUUACACUGAGUAAUCCUGCGUGUUCUGGUAAGACAGUGAGAUAUUAGCUAGCGAUUCGUCCCCCGUAGCUUGUUUUAACACUGUAAACAAGCAGAUUACAGGCUGAUAAAACUCACCUCUGAGAGAGUUAGCGCUUAGCAUCUAGCUAAUGCUAGCCAGGCAAAGCAGCACAGACUUACAGGCCGAUAACUCACCUCUGAACGGUGAACGCUUAGCGAUUAGCAUCUAACUCUAAUAAUACUGCUCCAGCAGUAUUAAAAGUGCUAAAUUUAGAAAAUACUGAUCUCUGAACAGUGAAAAAGCUAGCUAGCUAAGCGGUUAGCAUCUAGCUAAUGCUAUUGCUGCUCAGCCUCGGAGCUGCACGGCUCUGGACUCUGUAUAGCACUGAAACUCUCUAUAACGCUGCACGGAGUGUGUGUUUACUGCUCCUUACAACCUGACGAGUAAAAUCCAUACAAAAGGCGCACCGUAUUAUAAGACGCACUGUCAAUUUUUGUGAAAAUUAAAAGUUUUUAAGUGCGCCUUAUAGUCCGAAAAAUACGGUAAUUAAAUUUUGCCAAUCUAAUGCUGUUUUUUUUUUCAUUUAAAUACCCAGUAUUACCCAUUAAUUAACUAAAAACUUGUGAAAUCUGUUAAGUCUCAUGGUUUACACAUAUGUGUAGUGUUUGAUAUUUUCAGUUUUAAUUUUUUAUUGUUGGUGAUUUAAUUUAUUUAUUUUUUUUAAGUUUUAAGUAAAUAAAAAAUGUCUUAAACAUAUAGUUUAAAUUUAUUGAGCAACAAAUUAUUAUUCUUUUUAAAAAAGCGCACACUAGUACAAUAUAAGACUUUUACAAACACAUUUUUGGGUAAUACAAACUAUUGUUUCAAACUGUUGGAGAUCAAUCGGGAGUUCUGGUUUGUACUCAUAAAAUUAUUUCAAGUUUGGCAGGUCUGCAUUUGGAGUGUAUCUUUGAAAAAUCUCUAUCUCCAUUCACCCUACCCCUCUAUCUCACAACAAGAAUCCAACAAGUACUAAUAUGGUUUUGGGCCUCUUUAGGCUACGUUCACAUUACAAGCCAUAUUGCUCAAAUGUGAUUUUUUGUUUAGAUCUUGACGGUUCACAUUCACAAAUAUAAGUGAUUUGUAUCUGUGUGUAAUGUGAACGAAUCUGUCCCUGAAAUGUCUCAAAUGCUGUGUGUUGAUACCUGUAUAAACGUCUCUUCCUUCUUCACCAACAACAAAAAAAACUCAUAUUAGAAAGACGAGAGACUCGUAUCUUUAUAAAGGGAAAUGGAUGAGUUUGUUAGCAGCUCAUAUGUGGAGCAUCUUUUGCUGGACUGGAGAAACAGUAAACAGCUGAUCUAAAGUUCAUGCUCAGGUAGAGGAGGAGAAUAAAGGACAGGUGGUUUGCUUUUGCUGUUUUUUUGGGGGUUUUUUUGCAGCUAUAGCUGCACAGCUGCACCAAAAGAUGCAGUGUGGGUACGAGAGAGAAGCAUGCAGCGCUAAUGCUAAUGCUAAUACGUAAAAGCAAAAAGACACAUGAAUUCCAAAUGAUUUGACCGAUCACAUUCAUGUUGGAUGUCUAUGGAUUGCAUAUGUAUCUGAUUUAGGACCACAUAUGAAAGUGACUUGAAUUUGAUUUAAAUAAUUUGAAUUUGGCACGUUCACACAGCCAUGAAAAAAUCUGAUCUAAACCACAUUCAGCAAAAAAAUUAGUUUCGAGUCACUUCAGCCUGGUUAUGUGAACGUAGUCUAAGUCUAAGUUGGGCCUCAAAGUAAAAUGUUUUUAUAUGUAUAUAUAUAUAUAUAUAUAUAUAUAUAUACACACACACACACAUAUACAUACACAUAUGAUUGCUUUGCCAAGACUAAUUGCAUCAUUACUCUGAGAAACCUGCAAAAUAUGGGUACUGGUUUAUAUUAGAGGGUAUUUUCAGGGCUUUUAUUAAAGGGAUACAGACUGAAGUCUGACCUAUAGGGAAAGUAAGGGAAGUCCCUAAUAACACUAAUACAAGUUAAAUACUUGACGUGAGUGAAAUCAUGGUAGUCUUUGGCACAUAUCUGCACUUGUGUCAGAUAGAGAGCAUGGUCUCUUUUUUUUUUUUUUUUACCCCAUGUUCACUAAGGUAGCGUUAUGUACUGGAGUUUGUACGAUAAUAGAAAAUUUAGAUAUUGAGAAAUUCAUGAGUAGGAUCCAAGUCUUAACUUGUGAUAAUAGAGUCGAUUUUAUUAUUAAUCAUUACAAAAUCAGUAACAAUAUAUCAGCAGCUAUUAGAGAACAUGCUUAGGAGAAACAGUUACAGCACAUGAGGCCUUGUUCACGUCCUGGAAAUCGGCAUUCUGAUUUCAGCGUAUUGAAGAUCUACAGCCUGCAGAGCAACCGGAGACGUUAUCAUGGUGCUCGAUUAACCGCCUAGCUCGAUAGGUUUACUACAAACUAAAACAGCAUAUAGGACAAACUAUAACACCAAUCAGCUAAAUACAGCAUUUCCUGUGAUACAGAAGCAAAACGAGAAACAGCAUCAACUUUGGAAUAAGCUAAAAUGAAAGCUCUAUUAAUACAGGAACAAAUUGCUGGGGUGUCUGGUUAUUUGUACCAACUUUGAUUUGUCGGAAUAUAUUUAUAUAGUAUUAAUACCUGUUGAUCUUUUUCACAAUUUAUCACAUUACAACCACAAAUUUAAAUGUAUUUUAUCAAGUGUUAUUGUGAAGUAAUAAGUGAUGGACCAACACAAAGAAGCACCUUCUUCCACAUUUGCUGUAUUCUGUACAGUUUGCCUGUAGCAUACUACAAACAGCACUUCUUGUGUCUUUCUUUCAACAAUGGUUUUGUUCUUGCUACUUCCCACUUUUCCAUAAAGUGUAUGAAUUAUAGUUGCCCUGUGGACUGAUUCUUCCACAUGAGCUGUGAAUUUCUGCAGCUCCUCCAGAGUGACCAUGGGCCUCUUGGCUGCUUCUCUGACCAGUGCUCUCCUUGCUCGAUCUGUCAGUUGGGUGAACCAUGUCUUAGUAGGUUUGCAGGUAUAGAUUACUUUUUGCAUCUUUGGAUGAUGGAUUGAACAAUGCUACUUGGGAUGCUCAAAGCUUGGGAUAUGUUUUUCAUAACCUAAUGCUUUAAAAUUCUUCUCCACAACUUUAUCUCUGAACUGUCUGGUGAGUUCCUUGGUCUCUUCAUGAUGCUGUUUGUUCGCUAGUUCGCAAACACUAAAAAUAAAUUACACACAGCUGGAUUCUAUUAAAGAAUUAAUUGUUUUCUGAAGGGAAAUUGAUUGAACUGGAUUUUAUUUAUGGGUUUCGGAAUAAAGGGGUGCUGAAUAAGUUGGCACAUCACACUUUUCAGAUUUUUAUUUGAUUAAAUCACUUCUCACUGAUGUGCUAAUUUGUGUUGGUCUAUUAGUUAAAAUGAAUACAAAAAUAUGUAUUUAAGUUUGUGGUUGUAAGGUGACAAAAUGUGAAAGUUUAAUGGGCAUGAAUACUUUUGCAAGCCACUGUUUCCAUAGCUUGAUAUAUAGAACAUGUACAGCUCUGGGGAAAAAAUAAGAGACCACUUAACAAUGAGAAGUUUCUUUGAUUGAAAAUCUUUUGAAUAUAAUCAAGAGGAAGAUGGAUGAUCACAAGCCAUCAAACCAAACUGAACUGCUUGAAUUUUUGCACCAGGAGUAAAGCAGCAUAAAGUUAUUCAAAAGCAGUGUGUAAGACUGGUGGAGGAGAACAUGCCAAGACACAUUAAUUAUUUAAGGUCUAAAAGCUCUGCAUCUUUUUUGUUGUUUCAGCCAUUUCUCAUGUUCUGCAAAUAAAUGCUCUAAAUAAAUAUAUUUUUAUUUGGAGUUUGGGAGAAAUGUUGUCUGUAGUUUUUAGAAUAAAACAACACUGUUCAUUUUACUUAAACAUAAACCUAUAAAUAGCAAAAUCAGAGAAACUGAUUCAGAAACUGAAGUGUUCUCUUAAUUUUUUCCCAGAGCUGUAUAUUGAGCAGUAGAUGCAUAUGCAAAACCUAAAAAACAAAAUUGGACCCCUGUGACUACUUCUCUGUAUCACCUAAGCUUUUAUAGCUUACUUAAGCUUUUGUAGCUCCUCCCAAAUUUGAGCGUAGGACAUUCUGUCGUAGCUUUAGUGCACAGCCAUACACAAUUUAGCAUUUUGAUGUCUGCAUAUAAAUAAAUUUGUGUUUUUAUUUUCCCAUUAAUACAAAAAUAUUAAAAACCGUUUCGAAGAGUUUUUAGAGCUUUCAGACGUUUCCACACUUGAAAGCAUCUUCAAAAACUCUGUGAUCAUGUGAACGGAAGGCCGAAAAGAAGAGAAAACACAAAGUUCCUUAAAGUAGAGAGGCUUGUGCAUUCUUAGCUCUUCUGUUCAGUACUAAACAUUCCGUUUAUUUCAUUCUUCUUCUUUUUUUCAGUAGACUGUUGAUUAGUGCUGUUUAAAGAGUUUUAAAUACUCCGACACACAUUAAAGCUGCUUUGUUGAUAGAAGCUAUCAUCGUCCGUUAUCAGUGAACUGUAUUUUAUUGCUGGAUGCGCUGGAUUUUCAUGUAACUCGAUAUAGAGAAUGCAUCUUGCUAGUUAUUUAAUGACUAAGUGUAUCAUAGCUAAUUUAAUAUAACGUCAGAUUAAGGGUCCGACAACAGUUUCUUCCGAGCGUCUGACUUUGUGACUUUUGUGUCUGUGAAUUUCCCCCUUUACGUUUCUUACGACGGACACCUCAGAAAUGUCUUUAUGCAAUUAACCCACGGGAAUUAUCAGACCGAUGUGUUGAUAGUUUCUUUUAUUUGCUGUUUUUUUUUUCCUUUUACAUGUGAAACUUUGCCUUUAAGUCCGGGAGCUGCCCUGCUCCUCUUCUCCUCUGACCACAAUACUGUUGUUGGUGAGAGUAAAACACAGUAAAACUCGCAGCAGAGCAGUGUGUGACCUGUGUGGUUUGAAGGAAUGUUAUUAACCAUGCUUUAACCUCACUGUCUUCAUGCAUAAUCUGUACAAACGUCCAACAAUAAAAAGGUUUACAAAAAAAAAAAAGUGUUGUUUUUGGCUAUGUGUAGAGCUAGAGGCUCCAACUUCCAGAAAAGUACAUGGUUUUAUUUGUUUGUUUUGUUUGCCUCUGUUUUUUGUUUCAGACAAGUGUUUUAGUUUGUUUUGUUAUUUUGGUAUUGUUUUGUUGUAUUGUUUUGUUAUUUUGGUAUUGUUUUGUUGUUUUAUUUAGUUGUUUUGGUUUUGUUGUUUUGGUAUUGUUUUGUUGUUGUUGUGUUUUGCUUUUUGCUUCGUAUGCUACAGUUUAGGGAAUGUAAGUUGCAUGCAGGUGUGUAGAAAAGUACAGAAACUUAAAAACGUAUACCUGCUGAAGUAAAUGGAAAAUUAAAACAGCCAAAAUAAAGUAUUAUCAAUCAUC